AUACAAUCUCCUAUAAAUAGCCGCCUGGUCGAGGGCGUUACUCAAAAUUGAUAAUUUUUUUGUUAGUCAACAACAGGGAUAAUGAGUUUCAGAGAAGAAACUGAAGAUGGAAAUUUGCGGAAACCAUUCUUGCAUACUGGGAGCUGGUACCGUAUGGGUUCAAGGCAAUCCAGUAUGAUGGGUUCUUCUCAGGUCAUUCGUGACAGCUCCAUCUCUGUUUUAGCUUGCGUUCUUAUUGUGGCUUUGGGUCCUAUCCAGUUCGGUUUCACCGCUGGUUAUUCAUCGCCUACACAAGAUGCAAUCACUGAGGAUCUUGGACUUUCUGUUUCGGAGUUUUCUUGGUUUGGUUCUUUAUCCAAUGUGGGUGCUAUGGUUGGGGCAAUAGCUAGUGGUCAGAUUGCUGAGUAUAUUGGGCGAAAAGGGUCUUUAAUGAUUGCUGCGAUUCCUAAUAUCCUUGGUUGGCUGGCAAUAUCUUUUGCCAAAGAUUUUUCUUUUCUUUGCUUGGGAAGAUUGUUGGAAGGUUUUGGUGUAGGAAUUUUCUCUUAUACGGUGCCAGUAUACAUAGCUGAGAUAGCACCUCAGAACAUGAGAGGGGCCUUGGGUUCAGUGAAUCAGCUCUCUGUUACCAUUGGAAUAAUGCUGGCUUAUUUGCUGGGACUUUUUGUUCAAUGGAGAAUACUUGCAGCGCUAGGAAUAUUGCCAUGUAUAGUAUUGAUUCCUGGCCUUUUUUUCAUACCAGAGUCUCCACGGUGGCUGGCAAAAAUGGGUAUGACGGAAGAGUUUGAAACUUCUUUGCAAGUUUUGCGGGGUUUUGAUACUGACAUAUCAGUUGAAGUGAAUGAAAUAAAGAGGUCUGUAGCAUCAUCAACCAGAAGAACAACUGUCCGAAUGGCAGAACUCAAACAGAAAAGAUAUUAUCUACCUUUGACGAUUGGAAUUGGACUACUUGUAUUACAGCAGCUCAGUGGAGUAAAUGCUGUUAUAUUCUAUUCCAGUACCAUUUUUGAAUCUGCUGGGAUCACAUCAAGUAACGUGGCUACCUUAGGGAUAGGGGCUAUUCAGGUCAUUGCUACUGCUGUAGCUACAUGGUUGGUGGACAAAGCAGGCCGUCGGCUUCUUCUUAUUAUUUCCUCUAGCGGAAUGGCAGUGAGCCUCCUAAUUGUUGCAGCUUCAUUCUACGCAAAGGAUUUUGUAUCGGAUGAUUCUGGUAUAUAUAGCAUAUUGGGCAUCUUUGCAGUAGUUGGAGUUGUGGCUAUGAUAAUUUUCUUCUCUCUUGGGAUGGGGCCUAUUCCUUGGCUUAUAAUGUCUGAGAUUCUUCCUGUCAAUAUCAAGGGCCUUGCUGGAAGCGUGGCUACUCUUUGCAACUGGCUUUGUGCCUGGGUGGUUACAAUGACUGCAAACUUACUAUUGACUUGGAGCAGUGGAGGAACCUUUACUCUAUACAUGAUCAUCAGUGCUUUAACUGUGGCAUUUGUGGCCAUUUUGGUCCCUGAGACAAAAGGGAAAGCUCUGGAAGAAAUUCAGCGGUCCAUUAGAUGAUUCCUCAUCGUCUUCAUUUGUAUGGUCUUAUUCAUUUUUUCAAAAUUUUAAAAUUUUUUAUCAUACAAAGGUGUAGUUCGGAACUUAGGGUCAUUAAAGGGGUGAAGAGAGAAAAAAAAUUAGGUCUCUGAUGUAUUGAAUGGUCGGAAAUAAAAGACACCGUUUCUUAAAUUGUUGGUUUAUCCAUUUGUAACUCUUUUUUAUCGAUAAAACCAUUGUUAUUUUGAUG